GUAGCAAAAGUGGCACAAAGUGCAAUGAAAGAUCCUACACAGAACGGCUAUUUGGUCGUGGGGCGAAUGCAUGCGAUAACAGAGUAAUGUUAAAUGCAUCUCAUUCCAGCUCGAUAUUAGACAAAUGUCGUGUCGUGUAUGCAAAGUCCAUCUCCACCGUUUCAGUUUCUUCUUUGCUACAUUACUCAAGAGUGCCAUAGUGUCCAGUUUAUGAUUCUAUUCUCCACAAAGGCUAACAUAUUGCGUACGGUUAUAGAUUCGAUAGUUGCCGGGUGCGUGUCAGCUGCGAUUGUGUAAUACGCUGAAGAGGUUUUACUGUAUGUUUACCUUACGGAUGUCGUGGGGCACUACGGGGAGUGUACGGAAAUAAAAUAGCGGAGUAGUGGGGUCAUUGUUUGUAUCGCCAGAGUCACCAACAAGCCGGAGGCAACAGGCAGCAGGCGCUGAUCGUGAUGUCGGACACUGGAGAAAUAGCGUUAUCAGGAGAUGGUACUUCGAACAAAGAAGUAUCCCCGAGCAAUAGUAAUGGCUCUGGGCGUAAUGGGGAUAUUAAUGAAAGAAUCAGUAAAUCUAUAGAAAAUAUGGACGACUACGGCGAGUCGACCGGUUUGCUGGAGCAACCGGUGGCUUCGGUACGACUGCCCAUCGUGGGCAUGACCUGCCAGUCGUGCGUGCGCAACAUCGAGGGCACGAUCGGUAAUAAGUUGGCCAUCAUAAAAAUCAGUGUGAUACUGGCCGAAAAUGCGGGCUACAUUGACUACGACCCGACGCUCACAGACCCCGCGCAGAUCGCGUCCGACAUCGAUGAUAUGGGCUUCGAGUGCACCUACACUGACGAUACUUCCUCGACGGCGGCUGCCAAGAAGUCCAUCCUGGUCGAGGGCGUAGAAAGUGACAAUGAUGCCAGUGCGAGUGAACACUACAUCCAAACGGCAAGGAUAAGCGUCCUCGGGAUGACCUGUCAGUCUUGCGUGCGAAAUAUCGAGGGAAACAUAAAGGAUCGGCCGGGUGUAGCCUCGAUCCGCGUGCUGCUGGAGGAAAAGCUUGCCUUGGUGGAAUACGACCGGAGCGUAACGAGCGGAGAAGCGAUCGCGGAGCAGAUCGACGACAUGGGCUUUGAGGCGCGCGUUCUAACGGCCACCGGUGACGAAAAGCCGAUUGCGAAUGGUGCUUCUCCGCUCAACGCUCAAACGAUUCACAGUAGCAGGAAGUUAGCCAACGGAAACGGCAAUGCCGCAGGGAAGGCACUGGAGAAAAGCGGGGCACAGCUUCGGAGAUGCUUUCUGCAUGUGCAGGGUAUGACGUGUGCCAGCUGUGUUUCGGCAAUCGAAAAACACUGCCGAAAGAUCUACGGUGUCGAGUCGAUACUGAUCGCGCUGCUGGCAGCGAAGGCGGAAGUGAAGUAUGACGACCGGCUAACGUCGCCGGAAGACGUCGCCAAAUCGAUCAGCGAACUCGGUUUCCCAACGGAGGUGAUCGAGGAGCCGGGAACCGGCGAGGCGGAGGUUGAGAUUGAGAUCCUUGGCAUGACCUGUGGUUCCUGUGUGGCUAAGAUCGAACAAACGGCACUCAAGUUACCGGGCGUUCUGAAGGCGUCCGUUGCGCUUACCCUCAAGCGAGGCAGGUUUACGUUCAACAACGAAAAAACAGGCGCGCGCACGAUCUGCGAAGCGAUUCAAGGGCUCGGAUUCGAGGCAAGCGUGCUCUCGAACAAGGACAAAAUGGCGCACAACUAUCUGGAGCAUCGCGAGGAGAUCCGAAAGUGGCGCAAUGCGUUCCUCAUCUCGCUCGUGUUCGGUGGCCCGUGCAUGAUUGCGAUGGUGUACUUUAUGGUUCUGAUGAAGGAUCACAGUCACGAAGAUAUGUGUUGCGUACUGCCAGGAUUAUCGAUGGAGAAUCUGAUUAUGUUUACGCUCUCCACGCCGGUGCAGUUCUUCGGCGGGUGGCAUUUCUACAUUCAAGCAUACCGAGCCGUCCGGCAUGGCGCGAGCAAUAUGGACGUGCUGAUCACCAUGGCAACGACGGUGAGCUACAUCUACUCGGUCGGAGUGCUGGUGGCGGCAAUGGCUAUGGAACAGCGCACCUCCCCGCUGACCUUCUUCGACACACCGCCGAUGCUCUUCAUCUUCAUCUCGCUCGGUCGCUGGAUGGAGCACAUUGCGAAGGGCAAAACGUCCGAGGCGCUCUCGAAGCUGCUCUCGCUGAAGGCUACCGAGGCGUCGCUUGUAACGCUCGGGCCGGACUACGAAGUGCUGUCGGAGAAGGUGAUCUCAGUGGAUCUGGUGCAGCGCGGAGACGUGCUGAAGGUUGUCCCGGGCAGUAAGGUGCCGGUGGACGGAAAGGUCCUGUGCGGGAACUCGUCGUGCGAUGAGAGUCUGAUCACUGGUGAGUCGAUGCCGGUGCCGAAGAAAAAGGGAGCGGUCGUGAUUGGAGGCUCCAUCAACCAAAAUGGGCUGCUGUUGAUGAUGGCUACACACACGGGUGAGAACACAACCCUGGCGCAGAUUGUGAAACUCGUCGAAGAGGCACAAACGUCGAAGGCACCGAUUCAGCAGCUCGCCGAUCGAAUUGCCGGGUACUUCGUUCCGUUUGUUGUGGCCGUAUCGCUGGUGACACUCGUCGGGUGGAUCGUCAGCGGGUACGUCGACAUCAAACACAUCCCGGCGAGCGAUCGAGACAAAGAAGGCCUAACGCCAUCGGAGAUCAUCAUUAGUUACGCGUUCCGGUGUGCCCUUAGUGUGCUGGCGAUCGCUUGUCCUUGUGCGCUGGGACUGGCCACACCGACUGCCGUGAUGGUUUCGACGGGAGUGGGGGCACUGCACGGCAUCCUCGUAAAGGGGGCGGGCCCGCUGGAGAACGCGCACAAAGUAAAAACGAUCGUAUUCGACAAGACCGGCACGAUUACGCACGGUAUGCCGAUGACGUCGCGUAUCUGUAUGCUAGUGAAACCGGCCGUCUGUUCUUUGGCCCGCGCGCUUGCGGUUGUCGGAUCGGCCGAGGUUAACAGCGAGCACCCGAUCGCGACGGCUAUCGUGAAGUACGUGAAGGAGACACUCGAAAUCGAUAGCUUCGGUAGGUGCAGCAACUUUUCGUCCGUUCCCGGCUGUGGAAUCCGUUGCGUGAUCUCGAACGUCGCCGGAAUGCUGCGGGAGGUGCAAAAGUCAGAAAAGAUACGUAACUAUCAGAACAAAUACCGCAGUGAACAGCACAAUACUACGGGUGGCGUACCGUUGUCCAUGAACGGAGCUAUCGUGGAGGAACUGAUUCCACAGCUGAGUGCCUCGCAGAAGAACACAAUCGAGCUGCAACAACUGUUACAUCUGGAACCGAUCGGGGAAUCGAACAGUGCAGCACCCGGCGUUGAAGAAGCGUUUGCCGAAGUGAAUGAGUACAACGUGCUGAUCGGAAAUCGCGAGUGGAUGGCACGGAACGCGAUCGUUGUGCCACCGGAGGUGAACAUUCGCAUGUCGGAGGAAGAGGAAAUGGGCCACACGGCUAUCCUGUGCGCGCUAAACGGUCAGCUGAUUUGCAUGAUUUCGGUUUCGGAUAUGGUUAAACCGGAGGCACACCUGGCCGUCUACACGCUCAAGCGGAUGGGCAUCGAAGUGAUCUUACUGACGGGCGACAACAAGAACACGGCAGCGAGCAUCGCCCGCCAGGUCGGUAUCAAUCGGGUGUUUGCAGAAGUGCUUCCCUCGCACAAAGUGGCCAAGAUCCAGCGAAUACAAGAGAUGGGCAUGCGGGUCGCGAUGGUGGGUGACGGUGUGAACGAUAGUCCCGCAUUGGCCCAGGCGGACGUGGGCAUUGCAAUUGCCUCCGGGACGGAUGUUGCUGCCGAGGCUGCUGAUGUCGUCUUAAUGCGGAACGACCUACUAGAUGUGGUGGCCUGCUUGGAUCUUUCACGAAAAACAGUUCGAAAGAUUCAUCUUAAUUUCCUCUUCGCUAGUAUGUAUAAUCUUUUAGGAAUCCCUUUGGCAGCCGGUAUUUUCACGCCAUUCGGAUUUACGCUAGAGCCCUGGAUGGCAUCCGCGGCCAUGGCUGCCAGCUCCGUCUCGGUGGUGUGUUCCUCGCUCAUGAUCAAGCUAUACAAAAAACCGACCAAAGCUUCCCUGCAAACCGCGGAAUACCUCGAACUGUUGGAUGCGGGGGCGUUCCUCGACCCGGACACAAUUUCCGUGCACCGAGGGCUCGAUGAUAUACCACGGCCAAAUCUUGCCCGCUCGACUAGUUCCACUUUGGCCAAUUUUCUUAGAGCACCGGUUAACACCUAAUACAUGUGCGCGCACCACUAAUAAUUUCGCUCUUGGUUUCUUUCACUAACUUACUUCUCUUAACUGUAACUUAUUUUUUUACACCUACUCUGCUAAUAACCAUCAUCACAAACGAUUGCUAAUCUAUUUAAAUCGUCAUCGCACUCCUUCUAAUCUAUAGUAAAUUUAUUUUGGGCUACGAAAUUUUUCCACGAUGAACGACAACAUUCAUAAAAUGAUACCUCACCAGUUCAUUGUGUUUUGUGUUCAACUAGACUAUAUGGUGUAAAUUACGAUAAUGCAAAACAAAGCUUGAAGUAAGACUAACGCACAUUCAAGAAUAUACGAUCGUUAUUCCACUUAUUAGAAAAUCUAUCGACCAGUUACCAAGUUGCCUUAUAUCUAGUUAUGAGUUUAUUUAUGUAGAAACUUUUAUCCAGCUUAUUAAUAUGUCGAGAGUCCUAGGCGCGAUGUACGAAAGUAACAAUACAGCAUGUUAAUUAUUUUUGUGAAACAACAUACCUGCCAUAGUGGUAGCAUGCAGCAUGUUCAGAAGGAUUAAACUGUACAAACGUUUGCACUGCAAUUCUAAAAUUGUUUUGUUUCUUUUGGCUUAUUU